AUGUGUUCUCUUCCUACAGACAAAUGGAGGUUCUGGUCAGUUUUGAACAAUGGCGUAUCGUAUAUCUCCAGUGCUUUCAUCGUCACUGCCUCCACGUGUUCGGACGGCAUAGUGGUGGCCAUUGUGUUCUUGGUGCUCUUUCUCCUGUUGGCUUUGCUUCUGAUGUGGUGGUUCUGGCCUCUCUGCUGCACUAUUGUUAUUAAAGACCCACCCCCCUCAAAGACCCCUCCACCUCCACCUAAGCCAGAGCCAGAACCAAUACCCAAAAAAAAGUGGCCAACCGUGGAUGCAUCUUAUUAUGGAGGAAGAGGAGCUGGCGGAAUCAAACGCAUGGAGGUCCGUUGGGGAGAGAAAGGGUCCACAGAGGAGGGUGCACGGCUCGAGAAGGCCAAGAAUGCAGUGGUGUCAAUACAAGAGGAGACAGAGGAACCCAUGAUCAAAAAGCCACCCGCACCCACACCCACAUCCCAUGGAUCUGAAUCAAAGUGGUAUACUCCAAUCAGGGGUCGACUUGAGGCACUGUGGGCUCUUCUUCGGCGACAAUAUGACCGAGUUUCACUCAUGCGCCCAACUACCACAGAUAAGGUAAGCCGCAGAUGGUUUACCCAAGUGCAGACUGCAAAUAUGAUUCAUCACCCUUACAUACUAUACCAACCUAGAGCAUUCCGUUGCUGCAAAUGAAGCAUAAUGGGGUAU